AUGAAACCCCACAUCCGCCCCAGUAAACUCGAGGUCCCACGCCUUGCUGGCAUUAUUCAUCCCGGGCUCCUUAAUUGCUCGGGACAGACCAAACCGAAUCUUCUCAACAUCACUCUUGAGGUGGGCCCCGGAAGGCGGAGGGGGGAGAUGGUGGAUAUUGAUACGGCGCUUUGCGAGAAGGUGAAGCAUCUCGUCUUUGAAGCAGCCGAGGGCUGCUUCUGCCAGGCUCGGAGCCUGAGGUGGCGGCGGCAGGGUCGCGAUCUCGGUUAUGAGAUGGGAAAACGGCUUGUGGGUCACCGGGUCGAUUCCCAUGCCCGACAGCUUCUUCUUCAGCUUCGUGUUCCAGUGGUUCUUCACGUCGUUUACGGAAUGAAGAGUGACUAUAGUCUGCUCCUCGGCCUCGGAGAAUUGGCCGUGUUUGAGGUCCGGCCUCAGAUAAUUAGUCCACCGCAGUCUGCAGCUCUUGCCGCAUCUCUGCAGACCUGA